AUGAAGAUCUUGAUGCUCCACGGAUCCCGACAAUCGGGCGAACUUUUCAAAGCCAAAAUCCAGGCCAUAGAAAAGUUGACCAAGCAAGCCCUGAACUCUGACGUUGAAUUUGUCUAUCCGACAGCUCCAUUCGCACUAGAGCCGUUAGGCGACGUCUCCGAACUACGCGAUCGACAUGGCACAUGGCGUUGGUUCCAGUCUGAAUCCUUUGAAAGUGUUAAUCAUGGACUAGAGAAGAGUCUAGACCUCAUUGCAUCAGUCCUGGAGACAUCCGGGCCAUUUGAUGGAAUCAUUGGGUUCAGCCAGGGAGCUGCAUUGGCCGCCAUGGUCGCUGCCAUUCUGGAAAAUGAUCGGAGUGCGGAAUUCGGUCGCUUGGAGGCCGAGGGCGGGAUGCCGUACCCCGCUAGCCUUACCAAUGGUGGGCAUCCGCCGCUGAAGUUUGUAGUGGCUAUUUCUGGCUAUAAGGCUUCACAUCCGGCUUACCGGGCAUUUUAUGAACCGCCUAUUUUGACGCCAAGCUUGCAUUUUAUUGGGGGUAUGGACACUGUGGUUGAUGAGGCUACAUCGAUGCGCUUGGUGGAUUGUUGCCAGGGUGAUGUGAAAGCGAGCGUUAUUCGGCAUCCUGGUGCACAUGUUAUCCCCGGCGGCAAACGGCAGCUUGUUGGGAUUAUUCAAUUCAUCAGAUCUUGCAUUGAAGUGUGA